AUGAGCGGGCGUGACCAACUCGAAGGCAAAAUCACCCUGCCCCCCUCCCGCUACGAGUUCACAACUGUCUACGCCCACCCCCUCGCAAAAGCAGACAUCGUCCUCGUCCACGGCCUCAACGGCGACCCCCUCAAGACUUGGACCUCGCGCGAAAACGGCGUCUACUGGCCCGUCGACCUCUUGCCUGCCGCACUCAAAGACCAACAUGCGAAUAUCCUCGUCUAUGGGUACAACGCCGAUGUGUACUCCUCCCGCAAAACGCCUAACCGAUCCCCGUCAGAUAACUUCAUCCACCAGCACGCUCAGUCACUCAUCACCUCUUUGACUCACCACCGCAAGGCCGACGGGACGGAACGUAACCCCAUCAUCUGGGUUGCCCAUAGUCUAGGGGGCAUACUGGUCAAGAGGGCGUUGCUCUACUCCAAUGAUGUGAGAGCCCAUCACCAGGAGGAUUUCAGAUCCGUUUUUGUCAGCACAUACGGUAUCAUCUUCCUGGGGACACCACAUAACGGCUCCGACAUCGCAAUAUGGGGACGGGUUCUCCAGGCGAUGAGCGAGGUGGCGAUCCCGAGAAAGUUGUUUGAAACGCAGAGUGUGCUGCUCAAGGCGCUGAAGAAGGAUAACGAGGGGUUGCAGGAGAUUAAUUCCCAUUUUUUGGAUGUGUAUCAACGGUUUAGGAUCCAGAUGGUGCAUGAGGGGCAUACUAGUGAUGUCAAGGGGAGCAAGAUCUUGGUUGUUGAUGCUGCGAGCGCGGGGCCUCAGCUGCCGGGGGUGACGUAUUAUGGGAUUGAGAAGGACCAUUCGGGGAUGUGCAAGUUUGAGGGGGAGAAUGCGCCGGGGUGGAGGAAUGUGAGCACGACUUUAAGGCAGUGGGUGGCGGAUGGGGUGAAUUUGAUUCCGCCGAGGUGGUUGUUGGAGGAGAAGGAUAGGCAGUUGAGGGCGAGCUUGGAGAAUUUUGAGAGGGCGAGGACUUAUGAAAGUAUGCUGGCUUCGGGUGCGCAUCAGCCGGGAAUUGGCAACAAUAAUGAACUAGUCUCCCUCCGUCACCGCCCCCGACCCUCCCUCGUCGAGUCGAUAACCUCCUUGUCUUCCUCCCCAGCCGUGAUGAUCGAGUCCAUCCACUCCGACCACGACCACGAACCCGAACCGUCAUCACCAACAUCAGCUAUUACACCAACCCAACCCUUACCUCCUCAGCAACUACCACCCUCGGAGGAACCCCUCUUCAUUCACCCCGACCCCUUCCGCCCCAACAGCUUCUUCCUCGGCCGCACCGAUGAGCUCCGCGGCCUCCACGAGAUGCUCCAAGACCGGAAACGCCGCUCAGAGGGAACCUCCGCUGUCCUCAUCUCGUGCCUCCCCGGCGGAGGCAAAACCCACCUCGCCCGCCAAUAUGUCUUUACCCACCUCCUCGACUACCCCGGUGGCAUCUUCUGGAUACGCGCCAAAUCAAAGCAAGAGAUUGAACAGAUGUUUUGGCGGAUAGCCAAGACCAACUCCCUUGUCUCCCUGAAUACAACUACAAGGGAGGUUGUCUCGGCAGUCAAGGCCUGGCUGUCAAACAGGCGUGACUGGCUGAUGGUCUUCGACGGUGUCCAGUUCGACAUGGACGGGCUGGGGGAUUUCAUACCUGACGGGAGGAACACCUCGUUGAUUUAUACUAGCACUGAAAGAGCGGUGGCGUCAGAGCCGAGGUGGGAUAAUCCGCAGGUUAUUCACCUGGGGUUGUUGACGCCUGAUCAGGCGAGGGAGCUGCUGCUUUUGGAAAUGGAACGCAAACCGCCUUUUAGCCAGGAGGAGUUGGCUUUGGGGUUGGAGUUGGUGAAUGCCAUGGGAAGGCUGCCGCUGAUGAUUCACGUAGCGGCGCAGCAUAUCAAGGCUACGAGAGAGCCGUUGGGGCGGUACCUGGCUAGUUUCAAGAGCGGGAGGAAUGGGCUGGGGGGGUUGCAGGCUUACCAGGCGGUGGUGAGGCAGUUGGAGACGAGAGGGGAGAACGCGAGCUUGAAUUUGAUUAGUUUGUUGUGUUUUUGGGAUCAGCAUGUCCCGGUGGAGAUGGUGGGGUUGGGGAUUGGGAUGGGGGCGUUGGGGGAUAAAGUUACGCCGGUGAAGACGAGGGAUAGGGUGAGGGGGGGUGCGCCGAGUUUGGGGAAUACGAUGAGGGUGCUGAUUGCGUUUGGGUUGGUGGAGAGGAAUGAGGUUUCGGGGGAGUUCUAUGUGGAGAGUUCGGGGGGAAGUACGGGGGGAAGAAGCUCCUCGCGGCAGAGUGGUAGUGGUGAGCCGAGUUUGGACAUUCUCAGGAUUCACAGCGUGGUUCAGGCUUUCUUUAUGGAGAGCUUGCAUCAGAGGAGGGAGGCGCAUUUUUGGCUGGAGAGGUCUACAGCGAUCUGGUGUAAGAGUUAUGAUGAGGCUGACUGGAGGAUUAACUGCGGGUACGAGGGGCACGGUGGGUUUGAUGGGGGAAGGAGGAGAAAGAUUGGGAGGCUGCCGGAUGACUAUCGGAGGUAUUGCGUCCAUGGCGAGAAGUUGUUGAAGAAUGUCAGGAGGUUUGAGAAGAGCCGGAGAUAUCCAAAACCGAAUGGGAUGGACAAGGCAAGGGGACAGUUGGAAGAGAGGCUGGCAAGGAUUCGUUGGCAGAUUGAGCAGGUGAAUGUUCGGGGUGGUGAGCAUGCCUCGGAGGACGACGAUGACCAGGAGCCUGUCAGCGUCUUCGACCGUGUCCGGUAUGGCAGUGGGACAGAGUCGCAGAGCGACGGGACUAUCCAGAGUGGUGAGAGCCAGAACAGCUGGGAAGCUGAGUUGCGAAGUCCUGGACUCGAGGAGCUGAACCCCAUGGAGUUUCCCGUUACCCAGCUGCUGGAGGAAGACGACGAAGAUCAAGUGGCGCCAUACCCCAGCAUGGCUUCCAUGCCCGACAUGCCAGAAAUAAACCUUCCGGACCCAACGAGCAGCGACGAAGAGGACAGAGCAACAGCGGUGCCGCCGUUUCCCACCAUCAUGCCUUCAACCACAACAACCGUCGAUGCCGCCGGCUUCUUCGCGAAAACCAAAAAUCCCUCUUUUGAGGACCAUGCCAGGCCAAGUUCCUGGCGCGACAAAACCGUCCUCGCCAAUGCACGCGUAGCGCUCACCAACGAAGUCGCCCGGGCUUCCCUCCUAACCAGACGUGGUCCAUCCCAGUCACGAUGUCCCAUCCCCAGAAGCGACUAUCUCACAGCCAGAAGCGACGCUGAACAGUCCCUCAACAAGAUCAAGCUUUCCACGCCACCUCCACCGUCUGUCAUCCUGCCUCCUGACCCAGCCCCAUCUCGACCCAAAACAUUAACUCUCCUGGGCCGCAACAGUUAUUCCCUCCCACAAGCCCAAGAGUCACCAGCCCCCGACUCCGAGGCCUUAGGGUCGGAUUUCUCCACAGGUCUCAGCAAAAUGCUGUCCGACUCCAAGACCUGGACAGCGGCCACGGUGAAGAAACUGCUUUCGCCGUCAAGUUCACCACGCUCCUCCCUAUCAAAGCCAGCCCCCGCUCAAGAACGAGCCAUUGCCCGACCACCAGCGCCCAUAUUCAGGGGAAGUGGAGACAAGGGUACCCGAUCAGCAAACUCAAGCCCGGCGCACACCACCUCGCCUUUUCGACCACCGCCUCCAAUCAAUGUGAAAAGGUGGGAGACUGAGGCGGACCAUGUUAAUGACAGGAUGUCACUCUCGUAUCCAUCCAUCAACCUCCCUUCUCGACCACAAGGCUCGCCUCGGCGGUCAAAUUUGAGUGUUGCCUCUUCGCCCACUCCUUCUACGUCGCCAAAGUUGACGACAGCUACGCCUACCAUCCCAAGAAAUUCUCCUGCUCUGGUCAUGCCAGUGCCUAACUCAUCUUUCCCCCCGCCGCCCACACCUCCAAGUAGCUCACGAGGAAGUGUUUCACCAUACCGGGCUGCGAGUGGGACAGGCAGGGGAACGUCGUCACCACUGUCGACUUCGCCACCCAGAGCAGCCGCGGGAAUUAGGGUCGGCAACAGGCAAAUUGUUUCUUUUGCGAAUACUAACAGGAGCCGCUCUUUAAGCCCUGCUGAGACGGUGCGGAGUGGGAGGGGUGAACGGGGUGGGAGAAGUUGGGGCUCAAGGAUGAGUCAGGAGUCUAUUGGUGGCGUUGAGGGACCAGGUGAAGAGACGGGGUUGGGAAUAAUGGAUACCUGA